AUGGUUUGUGAAGAAGUUCUGAACAUUAUCAGGGAGAGAAGAAAGGAACUAAUGGAGAAGGAGAGAGGAGAUGGGGACUUGUUGUCUCGUAUGCUGCUAGUAACAGAUAAAAAUGGAAAAUUCAUGAAUGAAAAGGAAAUCUCUAAUAACAUCGUGGGUUUACUUGUUGCAAGUUAUGAAACAACCAGUACCGCAGUCACUGUUGUCUUGAAGUAUCUCGCGGAGCUUCCCCACAUUUACACCCAGGUUUUUAAAGAACAAAUGGAGAUUGCAAAGUCGAAAGGUCCAAACGAGCUACUGACUUGGGAAGAUAUUCAGAAGAUGAAGUUUUCUUGGAAUGUGGCAUGUGAAGCAUUAAGACUAUCACCACCUGCUCAAGGAGCCUUUAGAGAGGCUAUAACUGAUUUCACAUAUGCAGGCUUUAGCAUUCCAAAGGGAUGGAAGACAUUUUGGACUGUGCAUACAACACACACAAAUCCUCAAUAUUUUCCCGAGCCAGAAAAGUUUGAUCCUUCGAGGUUUGAUGGAAGUGGGCCUGCUCCAUACACUUACGUCCCCUUUGGAGGCGGACCUCGGAUGUGCCCUGGGAAAGAGUAUGCUCGGCUAGAGGUGCUCGUUUUCAUGCAUAAUGUGGUCAGAAACUUCAAAUUGGAGAAGGCAAUUCCAAAUGAAAAGAUAGUUUUCCAUGCAUCCCCUGUUCCGAUGAAAGCCUCCACCCUCAUGACAAACAAAUAUCUUAAAGCUUCAUUACUAGAUCGUCUUAGGGGUGUAACAAAUAUCUUAAAGCUUCAUUACUAG